CAGCAAACACACCAAACAGUACCAAUCAAGUACUUAAUAGCCGUCAAGAUGUGUGCCAUCAUCGGUUGUUUGUUGAGUCCUGUAAUAAUACUCCCAGCAAUACUAGGAACAGUAAUUUACUAUGUAAGAAAACAUAAACAAGGCAUCCAGUUCAAGAAGCAUACCGAUGAACCGGGAAAGGUAUUUAUUGUUACCGGAUCAAAUACCGGAAUCGGAAAGGAGAUAGUUCGGGAAUUGGCCAAACGCGGCGGAACUGUCUAUAUUGCUUGCCGAGACCUGAAGAGAUGCGAACAGGCCCGCCUGGAAAUAGUCAGAGAAUCGAAUAAUCCAAAUGUUUUCUCACGCGAAUUGGAUUUGAACUCGCUGGACUCCAUUCACAAAUUCGUGGCUGGGUUCAAGAGAGAGCAGGAUAAGCUGCAUGUGCUAAUCAAUAAUGCUGGCAUUAUGCGUUGUCCUCGAAGAUUAACCAAGGAUGGAUUUGAGUCCCAGUUGGGCGUCAAUCAUAUGGGCCACUUUCUGCUAACCAACCUGUUACUGGAUGUUUUGAAAAAAUCUGCGCCCAGCCGCAUUGUCGUCCUAUCGAGUGUGGCCCAUACCAAGGGCAACAUCAACUUCAGCGAUCUGAAUAGCGAAGAGUCCUACGAUGAGAUCGCCGCCUACAGUCAGAGCAAGUUGGCCAACGUUCUUUUUGCCCGGGAGCUGGCCAAACGGUUGGAGGGCUCUGGUGUCACGGUCAAUGCCCUGAAUCCGGGAUCUGUGAACACGGAACUGGCCAGAGAUUGGAACAGUCCCAAGGGCUACUUCAUAAGGUAUGUCCUGAAGCCUCUGAUGUGGCCAAUUCUAAAGACGCCGAAAAGUGGAGCCCAGAACUCCAUAUACCUAUCCCUGGAUCCUGAUUUGGUAAAGGUAUCAGGACGUUACUUUCAUAAUUGCCAGGAAGAAGAACCGGCUUCUGCCGCUCAGGAUGACGCAACUGCCAGGCGGCUGUGGGUUGAGAGCGAGAAGUGGACAGGUUUGGAUACAUCCAAAUUGGAUUAG